AUGUUCGCUGGCUUCGAAGCCGCUUCGUUGCGGACCGGCAGUGCCUCGCGACCAUCAACUCCUUUCCCAACACGGGCUCCUUCACCUGUUUUGACAGAACCAAUCCCCGAACGAACCACGCCGCGACGACGUCGCAACACAGUCGGGGGAUGUACUAGUACUAGUAUCACCCGUCCAGACCAGGUCUUGUUGCUACGACCUCGACAUGACAACGAGAGCGCUGGUCCUGUACACAACGUGGGCCCCUGGCCAUUGAGACGCAAUGGGUCUUCCAGCACCACUGUUGUCACGAGGAAUGGACAUUCUGACACACCAGAAACCUACACCAAUAAUCUCGAACAGACGAACUCGGAAUUCUCGCAAUUGAUGCGUGAUAUCGACCGACAAUAUGACGAGAUUCGAAAGCUCGUGCAGGAGAGGACAUUCAAUGAUAUGGGCCAAAAUCCCGAUCUUCAUCUUCAUCUUCCGAACCCGGACCUGAACCCAUUCCAUCCCUUUACCGUCCCGCGAGUGGUGACAGAUGGACAAGGGCAAUCAGGAACUGAAUCUCGACGGUUUUCUGAGGAUGGCGUCACUGUUUUCGAUGAGAAUCAAGACGAAAAUAGAUUGGAAGUGUCAAUCGAAACAGGGGGCGACGGGGAUCAUAUUCGCUGUCGCCAAUGUGAGGCUACAGUCAAGAUGUCGGGCCAAUACGCGUCAGGUGGACUUGUUGUAUUAGGACUGUGCUUCAUCGUCGUCCUGGCCUUGAUAUUAAUCAUGUUGAAGAUCUUCUGCCCACAAGGAAAAGUGGUGCUCGACAGUCUCAAAGGAGGUAAUGGACAGACAAAGUCAUUAUUCUUGGGUUUGUUGAUGGUCGCUGUUUUGGCAACAGCAACUCCUUUUGCUAUUGCGACCACGCUGCUCCUGGAGUUGCAAAGGACCAAGAGAAGUAGAGCGAAGCGAAGUCGAAAGGUGUUGAUUUUCAGGGGUGGAUCGAUCCUAGUUUGGUAUGCUAUCAUGGUGUUCUGCUGGAUGAUUGCGUUCAUGUCGUUUUCCGUCGUGAACACACGGUAUGCUGACCCCGACAAUGGGAUGUGA